GAAGGUAGUCAGGAAGGUGGGUGGAGAAAACGAAAACCCUCGAGUGUCUUCUUCUUGAUUCAUUCCGGUGUUCUCUCUGCCUUUCACUCGCGUUUAAGCUCUUACACUCGACGCUGCCUCCGUGAGCUCUCUCUCUCUCUCUCUCCUGUUACUGCAACCAUGUCGACUAUUAUGCAGAAGAUCAAAGAAAUCGAAGAUGAGAUGGCUAGGACUCAGAAGAACAAAGCCACCGCGCAUCAUCUGGGUUUGUUAAAGGCCAAACUUGCCAAGCUACGAAGGGACCUUCUUGCACCGCCUACUAAAGGUGGUGGUGCUGCUGCUGGCGAAGGUUUUGAUGUCACCAAAAGUGGAGAUUCUCGAGUUGGACUUGUUGGGUUUCCUUCCGUUGGGAAAUCCACGCUCUUGAACAAGCUCACUGGAACGUUUUCCGAGGUUGCUUCUUAUGAGUUCACAACAUUGACAUGCAUUCCCGGUGUUAUUACAUACCGUGGAGCUAAAAUUCAGCUAUUGGAUCUUCCUGGUAUUAUUGAGGGUGCCAAAGACGGAAAAGGUAGAGGACGACAGGUUAUAAGUACUGCUAGGACUUGCAAUUGCAUCAUAAUAGUUCUUGAUGCCAUAAAGCCAAUAACUCACAAGCGUCUCAUUGAAAAGGAGCUUGAAGGAUUCGGAAUUAGGUUGAACAAGGAGCCACCUAAUCUCACGUUCAGGAAAAAAGACAAAGGUGGUAUCAAUCUAACGUCCACAGUCACUGCGACCCACCUUGACCUCGACACUGUCAAGGCGAUUUGCAGUGAAUACAGGAUGCACAACGCUGACAUUACUCUGCGCUACGAUGCAACGGCUGAUGACCUCAUCGAUGUUAUCGAGGGCAGUCGGAUCUACAUGCCCUGUAUCUAUGCCGUCAACAAGAUCGAUCAAAUCACCCUCGAGGAACUUGAAAUUUUGGACAAACUUCCUCAUUACUGUCCUAUCAGUGCGCAUCUGGAGUGGAAUCUCGAUGGUCUUCUUGAUAAGAUAUGGGAAUAUUUGGAUCUAACUCGAAUCUACACAAAACCAAAGGCAAUGAAUCCGGAUUAUGAUGACCCUGUCAUCUUAUCUUCCAAGAAGAGAACAGUUGAGGACUUCUGCAUCCGGAUUCACAAAGACAUGCUUAAGCAAUUCAAGUACGCUUUAGUAUGGGGUUCGAGUGCAAAGCAUAAGCCACAGAGAGUUGGAAGGGAACACGAGCUCGAGGACGAGGAUGUUGUUCAGAUCGUUAAAAAGAUAUGAUAUCUCUACACAUAGAAGAAGGUUAGGAUCUUCUUUUGGAUUCUCAGCUUAUCUUUUUGUACUCCUUUCUGUGUAUUAUUAUGUCAGAUAAAGCAAACUGUGUCUUCACUUUUUUGGUUUGUCUUGUUGGAUAAUCUUAUCUUUUACCAAUGAUAGCAUCUCAUGUGAUGAAUGUUUUGUCGGGAACACUUCCAUAUAAAAAAACUACAGAUAUUGUUUUGCGUAGAUA